CAAAUCAAAAGUUUUGACAUUUUACCUUUCAAGCUAGGCGGAGUGAAUAAAUAACUUUUACUAUCUUAUACAACUGCUUAUUACUAUUUCAAUGGAAACCAAUAUACCUGGAGCUACAGCCUCGUCUAGGGCUACUAGAUUUAUGAUGGAAGGGGUUGGAGCUCGUGUAAUUCGGGGUCCGGACUGGAAGUGGGGCAAACAGGAUGGUGGUGAGGGGCAUGUUGGUACUGUGAGAAACUUUGAAUCUCCUGAGGAAGUGGUUGUUGUGUGGGACAAUGGCACUGCUGCAAAUUACAGGUGUUCAGGAGCAUAUGACUUGCGCAUACUUGAUAGUGCCCCCACUGGAGUCAAACAUGAAGGAACUAUGUGUGAUACUUGUAGACAACAACCCAUAUUUGGAAUUCGCUGGAAAUGUGCUGAAUGCAGUAACUAUGAUCUAUGUUCUGUUUGCUAUCAUGGUGACAAACACAAUCUCAGACACAGGUUCUAUCGUAUAAGUGCCCCAGGAGCCCAGAGAUGUCUAGUUGAACCUCGACGCAAGAGCAAAAAGCAGGCUGUGAGAGGUAUAUUCCCAGGAGCACGAGUUGUUAGAGGGGUUGAUUGGCAAUGGGAAGAUCAAGAUGGUGGUAAUGGUAGAAGAGGAAAGGUAAAUGAAGUACAGGACUGGUCUGCAGCAAGUCCUCGAUCUGCUGCGUAUGUUGUAUGGGACAAUGGAGCCAAGAAUCUCUACAGAGUUGGAUUUGAAGGCAUGGCAGAUUUAAAGGUUGUGAAUGAUGUAAAAGGACAAAAUGUGUACAAGGAACAUUUACCGCUACUGGGAGAGUUAGGGCCUGGCCGCACUGGGCCCCAUGGCCUGCAAGUUGGUGAUCAGGUGGGUGUAAAUGUGGACCUGGAUCUAGAAAUAGUUCAGUCCUUGCAACACGGCCACGGCGGUUGGACAGACGGCAUGUUCGAGUGCCUGGGUACUACGGGCACCGUGGUCGGCAUCGACGAAGACCAUGACAUCGUGGUCACAUACCCCAGUGGAAACAGAUGGACGUUCAACCCUGCUGUCUUGACCAAGGUUUGCAGCGGCAACUUAAGCGCAUCUGCGUCUUCGACGGGCGCAGGCGGCGGAUUCGCGGUCGGUGACCUCGUGCAAGUGUGUGCUGACCAGGAACGGGUGAAGACACUGCAGCGCGGACACGGCGAGUGGGCUGAGGCUAUGGCCCCUACACUCGGCAAGAUCGGCCGUGUUCAACAAAUAUACCACGACAAUGAUCUUAAAGUGGAAGUGUGUAACACUUCGUGGACGUACAAUCCUAACGCUGUGACUAAAGUCGCUUCGUCAGACGGCAGUAUUCCUGGAAAUUCAUCAGGAGAACGCCUAUCAGCUUUGUUGAAGAAGUUGUUCGAAUCUCACGUGACCGGCGAUGCGAAUGAAGAGCUGGUGAAGGCUGCGGCUAACGGUGAUGCGACACGCUGCGCCGAGAUACUCGGCCGUACUGAGGCGGCUCAUGUUGAUGUCAACGGGUUUUAUGGCGGACACACUGCUCUACAGGCAGCAGCUCAAAACGGUCACGUAGAAGUGAUUCGUGCUCUAGUCGAAGCAGGCGCCGACGUCGACGCAGAGGAUCGCGACGGCGACCGCGCGGCGCAUCACGCGGCCUUCGGCGACGAGCCCGCCGCACUGCGAGCCCUCGCCGGCGCCGGAGCCGACCUGAGUGCACGGAACCGAAGGCGCCAGACCCCACUACACAUCGCCGUCAAUAAGGGACAUCUAGGCGUCGUGAGGACGCUGUUGCAGCUCGCAGUACAUCCUAGUUUGCAGGAUUCAGAAGGCGACACCCCAUUACAUGAUGCCAUUUCGAAGAAACGUGACGACAUGUUGACUUUAUUGUUGGAGCAUGGAGCCGACAUGACGCUCACGAAUAACAAUGGCUUCAACGCGCUUCACCACGCGGCUCUGCGCGGCAAUCCAAGUGCAAUGAAGAUAAUGCUAGGCAAGCUGCCGCGGCCGUGGAUCGUGGACGACGCGAAAGACGACGGCUAUACGGCGCUGCACCUCGCAGCAUUAAACAACCACGCUGAGGUGGCCGAGCUCCUUGUCCGCGGGGGAGCACGACCAGACCUCCAGAACGCGAACCUUCAAACAGCCCUGCACCUGGCCGUGGAGCGACAACACACGCAAAUCGUCCGCUUGCUCGUCGCGCAUGGAGCGAAUCUCAACAUUUGUGAUAAGGACGGUGACACUCCUCUGCACGAGGCGCUGCGACACCACACGUUGCAGCAAUUGCGUCGAUUGCAAGACGCACGCGACGCCGCGCUACUCACCGGCCUCGCGCAUGCGCACGACAAGAAGUCUUCUGCCUCCAUCGCGUGCUUCCUCGCCGCGCAUGGCGCUGACCUCACUAUCAAGAAUAAGAAAGGCCAAACACCGCUGGAUUUAUGCCCGGAUCCGAAUUUGUGCAAGACUUUGACGUCCUGUCGCAAAGAAGGUGCAAGUUUAGGUGGCGAUGGUACUCCAGAGAGCGAGCUUAGUUCUAUGAACCCUACAGCUAGCACUUCGGCGGCUUCGGCGGCGCCCGCUUCUUCCCCAGUACCUGCUGCCGAGGCGGCGGCCGCGCCCGUGCCCCACUCGGACCCCACUGCGGAUGAGUGCCUCGUUUGUUCUGAUGCUAAACGGGACACACUCUUCCGCCCCUGCGGACACAUCUGCUGCUGUAACGUCUGCGCAGCGAGGGUGAAGAAGUGCCUGACGUGCCGCGCGGGCGUGGUGUCGCGCGCGCGCGUGGGCGAGUGCGUGGUGUGCUCGGAGGCGCCCGCCACCGUGGUGUUCCGCCCCUGCGGCGACGUGUGCGCCUGCGCCGCCUGCGCGCCGCUCAUGCGCAAGUGCGUCGAGUGCCGCACGCCGCUGCAGCCGCUGCCCAACGCGCUGCCGCCCCAGCCCGCACCCUCCAACCAUAAAAUUGAUUUGGAGAAAGAGAGCAGCAGCAACCUAGCCCAGGUGCAAGUGAACAAAGGUCAGCCAGUGCCCGCGCAGUCGGCGCCGCACUACAUGAACAACGGGUCGCGGUUCGCGGCCGCCCCCGCGCCCCCCGCCGCGCCGCCCGCCGCCCCCGCGCCCGCGCCGUCCGUGCCCGCCCCGCCCGCGCCCGCCGUCGCAGACGUGCAGAAGCUGCAGCAGCAGCUACAGGACAUCAAGGAGCAGACGAUGUGCCCAAUCUGCCUGGACCGGCUGAAGAACAUGAUCUUCCUGUGCGGACACGGCAUGUGCCAGAUGUGCGGCGACCGCAUCACCGUGUGCCCCAUCUGCCGCAAGCAAGUCGAGAAGCGCAUCCUCCUAUACUGAACACAACGCACCUAUGCACAGGUAGACUUACAAAUGGAACCAUUUUUGUUCUGAGUUCCCACUAUGUCGUGACCUUUGUAGUUGGGAUAUUAUGCAGCUCACCCAUAAGAAAGGACGUCCCCACUGUGUCGUGACGUUCAUCGUUGCAUCAAUCUGGCUGUUAAUGUGUCUGCCCUAUAAAGGACGUUUCCAGCUUCUAGUAUCUCUUGAUAAAUUUGACGUUCGAAGGCUUAUUUAUCUAAGCAGUUCCUCCUAUAAGAGCGCAUUGCUGCUAUUUGGAACGACAGUUAAAUAGGUAAGACAAUUAUUGUCGGAUGGUAAUUUUAUGACCUGUAUAGAUUUUACGUGAAUAUCUCGUAUCGUGAAUCUAUAGUCAUAUGAGCAUAACGUCGCGACAAAGUGGAAGAGCGCCUUUAGGGUUCAAUAUUAUAAGGCUGAUAUUUUAUAUAAAGGCUUAGAUAAGUAUCUUUACUCGUAUCUAUUUAAUAUAUUUUGUAUAAUGGUCAUGUAUGCAUGUCAAAAUAUUAUGUAGCUUUAUUUUCACACAGUGAACAAUGUUAGAACUCAUUUUCUAUGCAUUUACAAAGGAAACGUUGCCAAGUGUAAUAACGAAACGGCUGUAUCACAUUUAUUCGUGAUUUGUUUUGAUAACUUGGUGACAGUGUUAAUUUCAUUCCUGAAAUAAUAGUAUACCUAUAUCUGUCUCAAUUGAGAUGUUUUCUAUGCAUUUAUCUGUCUUUGUAUGUAAAUCACGGGAAAAUGUAGCCGUGGCAUAGUCAGAUAGCCAGAAUUAUAGUAGCAAAUAUAAGUAUAUUUAAUGUUUGAAUGGCGUUUAAUAAGUUUUGUUCUAAUAAAUGUAUUAAGGAUUAUUAUUCAAUUAGUUUUUUGGAUUUUAAUGAAUAUUGAAUGAAUUUAAAUUACAUUGUUUUGUUAAGAGUACCUACUUGAUUUAUAUUAGUUCGGAUAAACUGAUUCUAAUUAUUGUUAUAUUUAUAAGUGCCUAUUAGUUACUGCGUAUUAAUGUUAAAUUAGGGCUACAUAUUUAUAAUCCUAUGUGUUAACUGUACACCUAUAUAACCAAUAUUGAAAAUGUACUUUAUAAAUUAAAAUAAAUAUUAUUGUUCGAAAACAUA